AUGUCCUCAUCACCAAACGAGUCAAAGGCUCUGUGUGACUACCUCGGGAUAGAGGAGGAGGUGGACUAUGGUAGCGAUACCAGUGUCCGCGGUGAUACAGGGACAAUGUCCGGCUCACUGAUGCCUGAGGAACAACUUUCGAACACCCCAAAUCCGUUCGCUGAACGUGGAGGUGCGAGCGCGCCACCAGCGCAGUAUGCAGCGUCUGGGUCUGAUGAGACUAUCAUCACGAACCCGCUCGAUGAGCAACAACAACUGCUUGUUCAAAGAGAAGAAAACGCUCAGCGUCAUGUACAAAUGGCUACAACCCUUGAACGCCAGCGUGACUAUGUGUUCACCCCACCCAGUGUGGAGGAACGUCUACGUCAAGCGGCCGGCCAAACAUUGGCAACGUGGGUCAUUGAACAUGGGCUUAGACUCCUUGAGGAGGUUGUGAGCUGCCAGGCACUUCGCGAGAGGUACCUGAUGCCGCACCUAACGACUCAAAGUCAAUACAAGGCACGCCUUGACAUGCAAGCGCGUGGUACACCGGUUCCACCGAUCAAGGGUAUACCCAUUCUCUUGUUCGCAGGCGAAACAGUGAGCGAAGAAGACGAUGCCUUUGCUCACUGGGUGCACUAUGUGCGUCGCCUCAGCAAUAUUUUUGCUCUAAGGGCUAGUGCCAGUGUGGCUGACGUGCGUCUUGAACGCAAGCUUCGGUAUGAUUAUGCCAAGCUUAAGGCCAGAGGCCAAUUGCGCAAGCGCACGCGCUAUGCUUCGGCUACUAAGGUAGCCGCGAGUGCUAGUCAGUCUGUGGCCAACAACCCGCCUGUAACGGGGUGA